UGAUUUUAGCGUCAUUUCGGUUCUAACUAUUUUCAAUUUCGCAACACAAUCAAAGCAAAAUAAUACCGUUUUUAUUCGUGAAUAAUUUCGGCUUUCUAAUAGACACGAACCCAUUUUAUAACCAUAGGUUUUAGCCAGUGAUAAAUUUCCCAUUUCUAAUCGAGAACGACUAGCGACCAAAGCGAUACGAGCAAUGAAUUUAAAAAAUUCCAAGUUUUACAAGAGGAUUCAGGAGCUGCGCCACUUCUCCAAGGAUAAAAUCCGGAAGGAUCGCGAGCAGAGGAGUCGUGUCGUUCGCCACUUGGACAUGGCACUUAGUGAGCAGCCGUGUUCGGAUAGGGAAUGGUUCAGUCCAGGGCAAUCGCCGACCAAACAGCCCGCAUCCCCGCGGCGACGGGGAAAGAAAAUCCGGGGUCUGAAGAAGAAGGCUUCCCCCGGCAAGGAAACGGAUGAGAUCUCCCCAUAUUACGGACAAUCUUCAGGUCAAAAUAGUCCCGUGCCUGGGGCAGAGGCGAAGCUACAGGGCUUUAUCCAGCUGAACAACACGACCUAUCGGGUGGAAUGUCCCACUCGACUGGUUAACCCACCCAAGAACCUCGACGAGGAACGCGCAGCCAGCGAAACCAAGAGCACCAUUUGCGUAUCCAACUCGCGCUAUGCCAUGAUUGGCAAGAUCUCCAAGACACUGGGUUACAAGUUGGUCAAGGAGUCCAAACUGUGGAACAUCCUCUGGUCGGAUUCCUUUCCCGGUGUGGAGCUGUUUAAGAACAUGAAGCGUUUUCAGCAGAUCAACCACUUUCCUGGCAUGAUUGAGAUUUGCCGCAAGGAUCUGCUAUCGCGAAAUCUCAACAGGAUGUUGAAGCUCUACCCGCAGGACUAUAAGAUCUUUCCCAAGACCUGGAUGCUGCCGGCGGACUAUGGAGAUGCCAUGAACUAUGCCUUAAAUCACAAACGCACCUUUAUCCUGAAACCAGAUUCGGGGGCCCAAGGGCGUGGCAUUUGGCUGACCAACGAUCUGAAGACGAUUGGACCUCAUGAACGGCUCAUCUGCCAGACGUACAUACACCGGCCCCUCCUCAUCGAUGGCUAUAAGUUCGACCUGCGGGUAUACACAUUAAUUACCUCCGUGGAUCCUCUGCGCAUCUUUGUCUAUAACGAGGGAUUAGCUCGGUUUGCCACCAACAAGUACGUGGAACCCACGCCUGGAAACGCAAAUGAUCUCUACAUGCACCUGACCAACUAUUCCGUAAAUAAACGCAAUUCCCACUACGAACUUUGUGAUAAUGAUGAUUGUGGAAGCAAGAGGAAACUGAGCGCCAUAAACAACUGGAUGAGGCGGCACAACUAUGAUGUGGAGGAGUUCUGGAGCAAUGUGGAUGAUGUGAUCAUCAAGACGGUGCUCAGUGCCUGGCCAGUGCUUAAGCACAAUUACCAUGCCUGCUUUCCGGGGCACGACAAGAUACAGGCCUGCUUCGAGAUACUAGGCUUUGAUAUUCUGGUGGACUGGAAACUGAAGCCCUACAUCCUUGAGGUGAACCACUCGCCCAGCUUUCAUACCAACGAACAGGUGGACCGGGAGGUGAAGCGACCACUCAUCCGGGACACCCUGAACUUGGUCAGCACCGUGCUGGCGGACAAGAGACAGAUCCUCAGGGAGGAUCGCAAGAGGGUCAAGCAGCGACUGCUCAAAAUCAGGGGAGAGCCGCCAGUUCCGCGUCCUCGAGUUGCUGGUGGCGGCACCUCCAAGGCCAAAAUAGAACCUAACCUCAAUCCCAUAGCUAUUGAAGCAGAUGUUGAGAAUCAAGGACCAUUGGCCCAGCAAAUCGCCUGGGAGGAGAGCCAUUUGGGAAACUUUAGGAAGAUAAUGCCUCCGCCGGAUCUUACAAAGUUGGACUACUAUACCCGUUUCUAUGCUCAAUCCAAUCAGGUGUCUAUAUUCGCCGAGACGGCAGCUAGCAAAAAGCGGGAGGAUCUCGCCCGAAAGAUGCGCAUCCAGAUCGAGGAGAAGAAGGCCAAGCAGCAGCAGAUGCUGAAUGGAAAGUUCAAGCGAGAUGCCCGUAAGCGACAUGCUGUGAUGCUUCCAAGGGCAGUGCGCGAGAAGAACCGGAUGAAUCUCUUCCGGCUGCGGGAGAAUUGGACUCCGGGAUUCAUUUCGGAUGCAGAAGAGCGACUGCGUCACACUUGGCUGCACAUGCGCUCGGAGGCCAUAAGAACUCUCAAGAUUACAGAGAACAUCUAUAGCAAUCUUUACGAAACCGGUCACUUGACCAACACGGAUAUGGUCGUCUAUCCCCAUUUCUACCACAAUCUCCAGCACGGUUUCGACAUCAGGCAAAAUCCCUAAGUGGAUGAAGUUAAAAUUCCCGAAAUCCCAUUAAACUUAGUUCUUCCUGUUUCGAUCUCCACAGACUGUACACAUCUUUGAUGUAUUCUAAAAUUUGUUAUUAUUUAAAUUUAAAUUGCUGCUCGUCACUAAAAAAUACAACACUUUCGAACUUUUAAAA